CUCCUCCUCCCUCUUUUCCACGGAUCCGGCGGUUGGAGUUCUCCCUGGGCUUCCCAAAAGAAGAAACGCCGAAGUUUGGAGAGCGCCACGGCCAAGGCUCGGGUCUCUUUUUGGAGAGGUCUUUCUCUGCGCGCCUUUACGCACGGAGCGGCUCCCACUUUGACGCGCCGACUUUUCUCCAACUUUGACGCGCGACAAGGCUCCUUUUCUUCCUCGUCUGCACUCUGCAUCCCCCGGAUGUCCUGCUGGGGGGCAGGGGUCCCCCUCCUCCCGCCCCUCCGCCUCCAAAUCCCCUCUUGACCGCCGACCUACACCUUAAAAAAAAGGGGGAAAUGUGGACUCUCCUGUUGCCCGCUUUUUGUAGCCAUUUGGGCUUGGAUUGAGUUUCGCCCUCCUUCUCCCUUGGUGUCCAAGAAGAAGGAAAGCUGGUGGACUCAGAAGAGAGUUUGGAAACAGCGAAGACAACAUACUUUAGCUUUGUAGUCCAUACUAGGAAGUUUUUGGGAGAUCACCAACUUCUUCGCUGUCUCUACAUUCCAGGAAACCAGAAGUUUAGACAUUGUGUCUCCUAGAAAGAUCUCUCCAACAUUCUCCAUCAACGUCACCAACCUCUUUCAAUGGUCUAAAGCAGUGAUGGACAACCUAUGACACGCAUGUCAGCACUGACACGCCUAGCCAUUUUUGCUGACACGCUGCUGCAUGCAGAUUGAUUGGAUGACUAUAUCUUUUGUGGCCAAAUUCGGUGUGAUUUGGUCCAGUGGUUUUGUUGUUUACUCCAUGGGAAUUAUGCACGUUACAUUAUCCUUAUAUCAUUCUAUUAUUGUUCUAUUACUAUUGUAGUAUAUUAUCGUAUUAUUACUAUUAUAUUAUUAUUAUUAUAUGAUUCAUUAUUCAUGACUACAUUGAAACUAGAAUAAAGAGAAAUCAGCAAGAGGUACCAUAGAUUGUUGUACAUGGAAAUAAUGGUAGUAAAUAGUUUUUGAUUCAUUAAAUACAGUUAUAUAUUACAAUUAUACAUUUUUAUUUAAACUAUUAUGGUUUUUUUCUCGAAGUGACACACCACCCAAGUCAUGCUAGGUUUUUUUUUUGGUGAAUUUUGACACACCAAGCGCAAAAGCUUGCCCAUCAUUGGUCUAAAGACUGGGAUUAGGUUCUGCCAUCCAUUGCUUUUCAUCUCCCAUAAGCAUCCUUGCACCCUUGACUUCUUUUUUAAUUUUUUGACCCAACCCAAGCUGAGAUGGCAGCCAUCCAAGCCCUCCAGCAGUGGUGCAAGCAACAGUGCCAAGGCUACAAGGAUGUCAACAUCACCAACAUGACCACCUCUUUCCGAGACGGCUUGGCCUUCUGUGCCAUCCUGCACCGCCACAGGCCGGACCUCAUAAACUUCAGCUCUCUCCGCAAAGAAAAUGUCUACGAAAACAACGAACUGGCUUUCAAAGUAGCGGAGACGGAGCUUGGGAUCCCGGCUUUGCUGGACGCCGAAGACAUGGUGGCUCUAAAAGUGCCGGAUCGGCUGAGCAUCCUCACUUACGUCUCCCAAUAUUAUAACUAUUUCCAUGGAAGGUCCCCAAUUGGAGGGAUGGCAGGGAUCAAGCGCUCUCCUUCCAACGCCGGCGAGGAACCAGCCGGGAAAAAGGUGAUUUCUGAGCCGGAGAAGCCUGCGCCUGCCAAGCCGUCCCGGGUUUACGUGCCGCCUGAGCCCAAGACAAACCCAGCCUGGAAGGGGAAGGAAAACGCUCCUGUGGAAGCAAGACAACGGAACUUGGCCGAAAGCACCAACCCGCGAAACAGCAACUGCACCAUCUGCGGAAACCACGUCCACUUGGUGCAGAGACUCCUGAUGGACGGGAAGCUUUACCAUCGGAGCUGCUUCAGAUGCAAGCAGUGCUCCAAUACUCUCAAAUCUGGAAACUACAAAGCUGGGAAGGACCCGGGGACUUUUAUCUGCAAUGGACACGAACAACCGAAUCUCCACAAUGCUUCGCCUGUUAACCAAAGUAAUGUCAUUGGAGAUAAUAAAACAACGGGUCUCCUUCCUACGUCAGGGAGUUGUUUGAAAGGCUUCGAAGCCAAGAAGCCUGAGUUGGAGUCCAAGAAGCCAAGCCAGGCUCCUCAAAGGAUGGAUGUUUUGAAAGCGCCAGCAAAAGACACCCCAAAUUUGGGGAAUCAUAAGCCUGGCUCGGUAGUUUCUAAUCCUAAUUCGCGUUGGUCGGAGUUGAAUACGGGGAAUAAAUCGGGUCGCAGUGAAAGUUUGGUCACUUCCCCGGACCUUUCUCAUUGGACGCCAACGGCAGCCAAAACGCAGCAGGCCAGGGAGAAAUUUUUCCAGGCUUCAGACCAAAAAGAACCGACAAAAAGUCAAGAUACUUUGUUAAAUAUUUCUCAGGUAACUGGGAAGAUGUCCAAAGCAGGCGACAGCGAAAAGGAACGAGCGCGGAAUAUCCUUAUGCACGUGUUACCGGCACCACAGACGUCGACCAACAAGCCUCCAAGUUUGAGCACCACCAGUGUCAAAGCACCUCCGUCACCUUUGCAGCAUCUUCAGACCAAGAACAUCCCGACUAGUGAAAUCUCAAAGCCUGUGACUCGGUAUUCAGACACAGAGAAGCCACAGAGGGAUCCUUUCGGAGUUUCAUCCAUAUCCAAUUCUUCAGCCAAAAGCCCCGGAAACCGAGCGGAGAUCGGGACAGCCGCCCAGAGCAGCUUCAAGGCUCAGUACAAUGGACCCAAAACCGACUCCGGACAUAAAGCGGACGUUAAGGCUGCUAAAGUUGGAGCGACGAGUGCCGUGGAAGAGAAAUCGGAGAGCCCUGCGGAGUGGAGGUCGAGAUUGAAACCAGUGGCCAACAAGAUCUCAGACCGUCGUGAUGCCAGGACGUCCCCGAAACCUGCCGAAAUCCACAAAACGGUAGUCAACGUCCCCGUGAGACCUGCGCCAGAGGACCGGAAGCCAGUGACCCCACCAGCCAUUCAGGAGACUGCUCCCUCGCCCGAUUCUCUUCCAAAGAAAAAACUCCUGGUACCUCAAGUGGAUCUUUCCGGCGGGUGGCAGAAAACCAAGCAACGGUGGGAUGGUUCCCAAACGAACCAAAAUCUGGAGGUGCCAGGUCCUCCCAAAGUUGCAGUUGCACCCGUCAGACCCUCCUCUCCCAAAAUCUCCCAGAAGCAUCCAAGCCGACAAGUGGUGUCUCCAUCAAAGCGCCAUCCGGAAUACAUUCCGGAGGAAAAGAUCCAGACGGAAGUCCGGCAGAUUGAGAAGGAACUGGACCGGCUGGAGCACCAAGGAGUCGACCUGGAGAAGCAGCUGCGCGGCUGCGAAGGAGACGAAAGGGAGGAUGCAUUGAUGGUGGAAUGGUUCAAACUGAUCCACGAGAAACAGCUCUUGCUGAGACGGGAGUCGGAGCUGAUGCACAAGAUGAAUCAACAGAAGCUGGAGGAGAAACAGUGGGACAUAGAGACGGAGCUGAGGAUCCUCAUGAGCAAGUCUGAUUUCGUAAAGACCCCCAAGGAAAAAAGGCGCGAAGAAGAGCUUCUCAAAUCAUACGUGGAGACCGUCAACGACCGGAACAAAAUUGUGGAGGACCUGGAUGAAGACCGGCUCAGGGAACAGGAGGAAGAUGAGGUUUUGGCCGCUAUGAUCCAAAGGCUUGACGGACCUCGCAACACCCAGGAAAGUGAAAAAAAGAAACCCAAGUUUGGCUUAUUCAAACUAUGGCUGAAUUAGGCGGAAGAGAAACAUCAGCAUUUCUAUUCCUGGAGACCGAAUGAUUCAUGGGCCGUCGGAUUCUCCCUGGUGUUGUUUUGUUUAAGGAAAUCAAAACUUGACUUCGUCCAACGUGGAUUACCUUCAGGCCACGCUUUUCUGGCCACUAGGUGGCAGCGCAGCUUUCGGAAAAAAAUAAUCUCGACUCUUUCGAUGUUUCAAGAAAGAGACUCAGGAAGGGAAUUGAAACCAGAAAAUAAUUAUUACCACGGGAGCAGAUUUGUAUCCCUGUUUUAGUGACAACAACAUUGUAUGCAUACAGUGAGUCGGUGUGAUACAUUAACAGCCUUUUAUUUUUUUUGCACUCCUUUGUAUUAAAUCGAGAAUGGUUUAACCGGU